CUCCGGCGAGAGGCAGCAGCAGCAGCAGCACGGUAGCGCUGUGAGAGGAAAGACGGAGUCUGUCAUUCUUUUUUUAUAUUUUAUAUGAGCACACGGACGACCCCGUCAUCUUGAAGCAUGCGGACAGGAAGAGGAAAGCUGCUGCUCUUAUAUUUGUUGCUGGCGGAGGCUCUUUACGCUAAAGGGACCAAAACGGAUUGCGAGACUGGACAGUUUCAGUGCAAGAACGGCAGGUGUAUUCCUACGCCGUGGCGAUGCGACGACGACGAUGACUGUUCUGACAACAGCGAUGAAGAAAACUGUCCAAAAAAGACAUGUGCCACAACAGACUUUGCCUGUAAGAAUGGACAAUGUGUGCCAGCUCGCUGGAGGUGCGAUGGUGAGCCUGAGUGUGCAGAUGGGUCUGACGAAGCUGACGCUACCUGCAGUCGGCAAACCUGUCCCCCUGAGAAGUUUGACUGUGGUGGAAGUACAAACAAGUGUGUGUCACUGUCCUGGCGCUGUGACGGAGAGACAGAUUGUGAAAAUGGCGCCGAUGAGGAACAGUGUGCUGCUGAUGCCAAGGCCUGCCCAGCUAAGGAAUUCCAGUGUCGGAAUCGACUGUGUGUGGCACCUACGUUUGUGUGUGAUGGUGAUGAUGACUGCGGAGACGGCAGCGAUGAGGAGAAGUGCACAGCGUCCACAGCCAGCACCUGCACCCCACACGAGUUCCGCUGCAACGACUCAGAGUGUAUCCCAGUUCUGUGGAGCUGUGAUGGAGACCCUGACUGUGGUGAUAAAUCAGAUGAGUCGCUUGAGCGCUGUAGCCGCAGGACGGAGCCACAGAAACCCCGCUGUCCAGCUGGAGAGUUCCAGUGCGGCAGUGGAGAGUGUGUCCAUCUCAACUGGAAAUGUGAUGGUGACGCAGAUUGCAAGGACAAGUCAGAUGAGACAAACUGUCCUCUGUUGACCUGCAGACCAGAUGAGUUCCAGUGUGGUGAUGGUUCCUGCAUUCAUGGCACUAAACAGUGUAACCGUGUGCACGACUGCCCUGACUUCAGUGAUGAAGCAGGCUGCAUCAACAAGACUACUAAGUGUGAUGGACCACUGAAAUUCAUGUGUAAGAACGGAGAAUGUAUUGAUAGUAACAAGGUCUGUGACAACAUCAAAGACUGCAAGGACUGGUCAGACGAGCCAAUUAAGGCGUGCGGCCUCAAUGAAUGUGCCAACAACAAUGGUGGCUGUUCUCAUAUAUGCAAGGACCGGCGGAUAGGCUAUGAGUGUCAAUGUCCCUCAGGUUACAAGCUGCUGGAUAAAAAGACUUGUGGAGACAUAGACGAAUGUGAGAACCCAGACGUCUGCAGUCAAAUCUGCAUCAACUACAAAGGCGAUUACAAGUGUGAAUGCUAUGAGGGGUACGAGAUGGAUCCGGUUACCAAGACCUGCAAGGCUGUGGGCAAGAGCCCAUACCUGAUGUUCACCAACCGUCACGAAAUCCGGCGGAUUGAUCUCGUAAGGAGGGACUAUACCCAGGUGGUGCCCACCUUGAAGAAUGCUGUAGCUCUGGACGUAGACGUCACCACCAAUAAAAUGUACUGGUGUGACCUCUUUCAUCGCAAGAUCUUCAGUGCAUAUAUCAACAAAGCCAGAAACUCAUCUGAACAGAAUACACUUAUUGACACGGCACUACAUUCCCCAGAAGGUAUAGCUGUGGAUUGGGUCCAUAAGAACAUCUACUGGACUGAUUCUGGACACAAGACCAUCUCUGUUGCAACUAGUGAUGGCAAGAAGAGAAAAGUGUUGAUUAACACUGAACUGAAUGAACCACGUGCAAUUGCUGUUGACCCAAGACAAGGAUUUAUGUACUGGUCAGACUGGGGGACACAGGCCAAGAUUGAGAAGGCUGGGCUGAAUGGGGUGGACCGGCAGGUGCUGGUCUCAGAGAGAAUUGAGUGGCCCAAUGGAAUUACUCUAGAUUUGUCUAGCAGACGUCUGUACUGGGUAGACUCUAAGCUCCAUCUUAUCUCCAGUGUGGAUCUCAAUGGAGACAACCGCAGAGUUCUACUCUCCUCUAUGGACCAUUUGGGUCACCCAUUUGCCCUCACCCUGUUUGAGGACCGAGUGUACUGGACGGACCUGGAGGAUGAAGCCAUCUACAGCGUCAAUCGGUUGACAGGGCACGAUGUGGUAAUGCUAGCACAGCACCUCAACAACCCACUGGAUGUGGUGGUGUUUCAUGAGCUCCGGCAGCCCCAAGCUCCAGACAGCUGUAACAUGGGAAGUCUACCCAACGGAGGCUGUGAGUACCUGUGCCUCAGAGCUCCUCAGAUCACCGAGCAUUCACCCAAGUACACCUGUGCCUGCCCUGAUGACGCAGCGCUGGGUCCAGACAUGCGCCGCUGUGUCACAGUGGUAAAUCCCAAGACAACAACCACUACAACUUCCACUACUACCACAACAAGAGAAACUCCAACCACCACUUCUGUCUCUACAUCUACCACUACUACAACUACCAUCAGUACAACCAUCAGUACUACCACCUCUACUACUCCAACUACAACUGCUGCUGCUGUCACAUCUGCAUCUCACAUCUCACCUCAUACAACCGCACACAGUACCACAGCUCCAAAUCCGUCGACUCCGCUGUCUUCUACCUCCACGCAUUCAUCUCCAGCUUCAUCCUCUACUACAAGCAGCCCUCAGACCAGCAGCACCCAGACCAGCACCACACCACAAUGGCAACAUCAUACCUCCACCCAGAGAACAGCAGACAGCAGCCAGACAACUAGUCCAAGCACAGUAUCCCAGAGUGAUGGGGCAAAAGGCGAGAACACCAACCUCUCACACCGUGCUGCAAGUGAUCACUUCCUCCUGGGUAACAACAUUACUGUAGCAGUUCUGGGUAUUGUCAUCCCCAUAGUUCCUAUCCUUGCCACAGUGGUCAUCGGCCUGCUGUGUACCGGAGGCUACCUGGUUUGGCGCAACUGGAGGCGACGCAACACCAAGAGUAUGAACUUCGAUAACCCAGUGUACCGCAAGACCACGGAGGACGAUGAUGACGAUGAGAUCCACAUCGGACGCAGCGAGCAGAUCGGCCACGUCUACCCAGCCGUGAGUGGCAGCGCCAGACAGCCCUUCAUAGCUCUGCCCCUAGGGCCCCCCGAUCCGGCAGCUCACUGGUACUCAGGGGCACCCAUGUUAGCAAGCACCAAGUGAAGGAAAGGGAAGGUGAUUAAGUGUGGAUGAAAAGAGACCAGGGCCAAACCAGACAUGGCCAGCACAUGCUGAUGUUAGGAGAGGAGACCACUCUGCAGCACUAGAUACGCACAUUCUCAUGUUUUUUACACUCGAAAGUGAACACGUUCUGACAUGCAUCCUUCAUCCACCAGAUUUUACAGUAUUUCUAUUCACACUUCACCACAUUUUCAUUUUCAUACAUUGUUGGAAGUGAAUCUCAGUCUUGUUGUUCUUCCUCUUAGAAGCAUUUGGUUUUGUUUGGUCUGUGUCACAGUGUGUGUCUUAGCAUUAUAUUUCUUGUUUGAUGUUUGAUAACUUGGAAGCAGUGAUCCUCCCAGAGCCGGUGUGGCUGAGGUAGGGAUGGGUAAUGAGCACCUUAGAUGACUGGACAAUCUAUUUGAGGAAACUGUGUUUUGUUUGUUUCUUCAGUGUAUAUUUGGUUGGAUCUUAUGGUUCAUUAAUACGUUGAUAGUAUCUUAGUAAUCAUAAGCUUGUACUUGACUUGUACUUUGCUAGAAAAGAGCAGACUUUAAGUUGUAAUGGUCAAAGUAACUUCUGAAUUGGUUGGUAUGAUGGCACGACUUUAUGCCACAGAGGUGAGAUGACCAGGGACAGGGAGGAUUGCUCCAGUGUCAGCGUGAGAGUGGCCUCGCCUCCUAAUACCCAGUAAAGAGAGAGGAUUCUGUGCAGAGUUUGAGCUGUAGGGCGCUCUUCUCCAGUCAGAGUGUUAGCUAUAAGCUGAAAUAGAGUUGUCAGUGGGGCUGGGGGAGGGGGGCUGUCCCAGUGACUGAACUGCAGAACAAGAUUCCUUCCAGUGCUCCAGUGGAGCUGUUCCGGGGGAUGCGGAAAUCUGCCUAUUGGACAUCUCUGAGUCUGUGACUCGUCUUCCACGUGUUUGCCCCAGCACAUACAAGCACACACACUCCCUCUCAUAUUUUCUCUCCAUGCCUUUCUAUUGUAUUUCUUUUCAUUUUCUUUCUUUCUUUUUCUUUUUCUUUCUUUCUUUCUUUCUUUCUAGAGAUCAUUAAAUUUUAGCAAUUACUUGCUUUAUAAAUGAAUAUGAUUAGAAAUGUAACUGUCUUUUGAAAUUAAACUUUAAAUUUAACUGUCCUUUUUUGUUCAUUGUAUUAAACUAUUAAAGUACAAGCCUAAAGUGGCCAAAUUGCUAUAGUUGUUAUGAUAUUGCAGACUACAGAAACAGCUUAAGCUUAAGUAAACAAAUAUUACUUACUGCUACCCUCUAAUGGUGUUACAGCACCAGAUGGAAUUUAGAACUGUAGUUGUUUUCAUAAGUCCUAAAAGCUUGUUUCCGCAUGUUUUCUGCUUUCUUCAUUUGCAUCGUAUGGCCUCCAAUCCAGCAAAUUAAAACGCGCCCCAAUUCACAUUGUUUGUGAACACAAACAACUGUGAAAAAUAAUUGUGGUCAGCUUCAAUAUCUCUCUCUUUCUCUCUUUCUUUCUUUUCUUCCUUCCUUCUUCCACUCUUUAUCCAGCACUGUAUGUAUGUAACAGUAUUUUUGGUUUUUUGUUUUUUUGUUGUUUUUUUUUAUGUGCUCUCUGCAGCGCGUGGCGCUCAGUAUGGAGGAUGAUGGAUUUCCCUGAGGCCAUUUUCUCCUUCCCUCUAUCCCUCCCUUCUCCCUUCCCUGCCUCCCUGUGUCCAUCCAUCCUCACGUCUCGGACCCAUGGUCUCCUGGGGAGACUACACCGCUACACAGGGAGGCACACAGAGAGAGCAGAGGACACAGGCGCUUGCUCUCCAUGUCUGAGUCCUACCAGACAAACUGGGUUUGUCUUUUAGUGUCUGUAGAAGCCUGUAGUUGUUCUUUCAGAAUCAGCAGUCAUUACAGACUAACAAUAACCUCUGCUUAUUUUUAGCUUCUUUAUAGCACUAUUACUACUGCCUUUACCCAUAGGAACAGUAGUAGUCAAUGCUGCUUAAUAAUGACUAACCUUACAGACAUGUCCUAUUAGAACUCCUGAUGGGGGCUGCUGCAGCGUGCACUGCAGGAAUGGCCUGCUAUGUUUCAUUAAUUACCUGCUGUUUUUUUUUUUCUUUCUUUUUUGGCUGAUGUAAACAUGCUAAGCCUGUUUGGGGCUGAGCCGUGGAUACAGAAGUGAGUACCCUUUGUGGGCAUGGCUGUGCCAGAGGCAAAUAGCAUAGGAAACAGCGGAACACAGCUCAGGGGAGGGGACGGUGGCUAAUCUGCUCUAUUGGCAUGAGAUGUUCAUAAAAUUAACACUGAAUAGAAAUGGGGCAUGGAAUUUGCAUACAUAAUGUAUGUCAAAUUCUGAUGCAAACAAUACAGAUGGUCUGAAGCGGUAUCUGAAGCAAUGAUUUGUUUGCUAUUAUAAACAGGACCAAGUAAGUGGUGAAACCAGUAAGUCCUGAAAGUUAAUGUUUUUUUUCUUGCAGCAAUCUUCCAGUACCACAUUAACUGUACUUAGAUGUCUUCCAUACAUAAUGGAUCCAGGCAUAAUCUUUCAUGAUUUUUUUAACGUGUCGUAUAAGGAUCUGGAGCAGGAAAGGAAGUUCACCACACUGUACGUGUCUUUUUCUUCAGCACACCAGCACUGGGUCUUCCUUGUACCAGAGCUCGCUACUCCUGAGCUUUUCCCAGCCUAAUCAUCUGCAGGGAUAAAACACAUCAGUACUCCUGCAUAGGUUUCUGUUACCAGUUUAGUAUAUAUAUAUAUUUUUGGUUUUACCUCAGUCAUAUGUUACCAUGCACACAUAAACAAAUGAGGUUGAUUGAAAAUCAGCCCUGAAAACAGAGUUGAGUGUGCUGAGAUUUGUUCUACUCCUCCUGCCUGUGUUUAGCUACUGAAGAUGACACUAAAUACCAUGUGACAUGACUUAAUUGUACAGAAGAUUAAUCACAGAUACUGUUCUUUGACUGUCCUCUGAGCCAGGCAUAUGAGCUUCCUGCUCAUAUCCGGGUCUGUCAUGCUGAGCCCAUCCGGUACGGUCCACAAGAUGAAUGAGUGGUCGUUUAUCUCUGUACCAUUUCAUCUCUGGGACACUGCUCAGCUGAUUGGACCCCUGUAAGACACAGGUUUAAAUCCAACCUGAUAAAGUAAUGAAGCCCUGAAGUCUAGAGAGUCAAGCUGGCACACUGCUGUACAUAUGGAAGCUGUUCAAGGUGACCUAAGCAUGUUUGAGCCAUGCUGUCGCCUUAGUAGACUGUGCAACCCUGACAAUAUAAGCCUUGGCUUAAAGAGGAAUUGCACACAAAAGAAGAGAUUUUCUCUUAUUUACUUUGAUGUGCUAAGAGAAAAGUGGUAUGAGCUCUGGCAUUCUCUCCAGAACGAGCAGCAUUUGCCUGCUCAGAACUGAUAAUAAGACUUCACAAUUGCCAGAUGGUACGUUUUGAUUACAUUGGUGUGGCAGAAUUCUCUGUGAAGAUUUUUUUUUUUGGGCUAGAUUUCUCUCUUAAGCGAUUCGCGAACAGGGUGUGCAAGACUGUUGACUCCUCAUCAUCUGUGUGUAUGUGUACUGUGCUGCGCCGCGUGUGGGUGGCCUUGCAUCUGGAGUGCCUGUUUGUUCUUGGCCCCCUCUGCUAUUCUCUCCUGUGACAUGCCUAGUAAAGCAUAGAGCUUGUACAACACCGGCGACAUUUCAAAGAGAACUCCCCCAAUAAGAUACUGCAUGCUUGCUAGUGUAGGAGUCAGCUGGUCAAGGUUCUUUCAGCAUGAAUUGUGGGAGAUGUGGGAGAGAGGGGUGGGCGCAUGUGAAGUUCUUUCUCAGAUUGCAAUGGCCAACGUUUGCUGCUUUAGUGUAGAGACUCUGCUGGCAUGUGCCCCCUCUCACUAUUCUUGUAGCUUUCCAUCUUUGUGGAUGGCAGUGCUGCGAUGAAUUUGAUCUGUCAGGGUGAUGUGAAGCCGGCAGAUAUAUCCCUAUCGUAGUUUGCUUUUGUAGGAAUCCACCACUGUUCAUGCUCAGUGGUGUUUCACGUGGACCAGUUUCAAAAACUAAUUUUAGCGCUGUCAUAUUAAAUUCUCAUCACUCAUAACUGAACAUGUCAUGACGAAUGAUGGACCAAAAAAAUUUGUCCAAAAUUACAUGUUGAUUUUUGUGGAUGUGCAUGGAAGAUAAAGUCUUUCUUUCUGCUACAGACAUAUUCUGUUAUGACAGUGAUGUUUAAAAACUGUUAGUAAAAAAAAAACUUUUGUAACAUUGCUAAAGUAAUAGACUACAUUUUGUAAUGUUCUAAUGUUGUAGGACUUGUACUUCAGAUACUCCUUUGACACCAGGUCUAAUAAUGUGAACCACAUAGGUCUUAGAUUCUGGAGAAUCUUAGACGAGCAAUACAGGGUAAUAAUACUUGUCUUUCUCCAGACUAGGUCUGGAUAUUUGUGUGUUUUGUAUGUGUACAUAAAUAUAUAUGGUUAGUGUUUCUGCUUUCAGAGAUCAGAGUUCUGCACAGACAUCCUUUUCUAAGUAGUCGUGACUCCAGAACUUCAGGUGCUGCUAUGGAGUUCGCUCAUCUUCAGACCUUCAAACACUUUUAAAGGGAUGCUUUGAUGCUUUGAGGACUCUGGCUAUCAAGGUUUUUUGGAGACUAUUUGAGUUCUGUAAGUUAGGGAUACAUAGAGACAUGUUACCAACCAUAAUUUAUUUUGCGGUCUCAUAAAGUUCUAGAAGAAGCUUUUAGAGUCUUUCAGCUAAAACUCAACCUCUCUGUAGAUGACUACCAGUGCUUUGUCGACCUUUCUGCAUUCUUACUCUAUGCAUAUCUAAUGGUUAUCCCUGCUGUCCUAUGGUGCAGUGCAGGGUUGCACCGAGCUGCUUCUUCAUCUCUACCCAUCGUGACUAACAUCAGAUUUUUAACCAUUUCCAACCUUCUCACCCCACCUGCUCAUUCAACCUCAUCCUCUUCAUGGCCCCAGAAAGUUAUCUUGUGUUUGAAAGGGCUAGCUUUUCCUCCACAUGGGGAAAAAACACACUGGACAAAUGAGCUCUCCUGAAACUGUACAGUACUCCCUCCUCCGUGUGGUGGACUUUGAGAGCAAAGCCCCCCAAGUGAUUUGACUUGUGAAAGGUAUAUCUGGUGACUUAACUGUAAAGCUUGGUCCUUUUCACCCUGGUGACAUUCCUAUUGGUUCACUUCGUAAUCUGUGGAUAUUAUGACCUCCAUUUUGAUUUCCCUUGUGAGAUCGUGUACUACUUGAAAAAAUGUCCAAGCAAAUUUUCCUCUUUUUUUUCUUUUUCUUCAUAUGUCGAUGUACAGUAUCAGGAAGCAGGUAGAAGGGGUCUGUUAUUUUCAUUCAAACCAUUCAAACAAACAUGUCCAUUCCACAUCCAUAUCCAAGAUAUUUUCUACACUGUUUGUUGCACAAACUUUUUCGAGAAGCCUUCUGCACUGUGUAAAUGAUUACGUGGGGGGAGGGGGGGGGGAGGGGGUUGAUGGGAGCUGUCCACUGGGUUUGAAUCAUGAUUUGUAAAUAUGUUUUCAUACAGCAAAACUUUUGAUAAUGUUUUAAACGUUUCUUUAAAAGGAUAUGUAUAUUAGCCUCCUGGAUAAGAAAGAGUGUAGACCAUAUAUGAAUUUAUUUGUACACAAGAGCACUGGAUUUCUUUACUACUUGAUUGUAACUAAAAAUUAAUCUGCCAAAGUGAUUUAAUUCAUUUUUUUCCUCUGUGUGUUUAAUUUAAUUAGAUUUUUAACAGUAAAUCAUUGCAGAAAUAGGCAUUCAUGUUGUAUUUAAUUCUAUUUAAUAGAUUCGGUUCUUUGUUGAAAAAGAGGAUUAUCCGUUUAAUUUAUUGGUGCCUUGUUUGUGUUUAUGUACUUUUUUUGUGUUUGUGUCUGUGUAGGGUUUUUUUUUUCUUUUGGGGGUUGGAUUUUAAUUUAGUGACACUGUACUUACAUGGGAUAUCUGUACUGUAUGCCAAAUGGUCUCACUCACAUUUGUAUGAAAAUGAGCUGUUGAUAAAUAUCUCUAUAUAUUGAUAUAUUAAAUCGAUAAAAAUCUG